CUAGCCUACAUGCUCUGGUUGUCAUAGAACGAAGCUCGAAUGUGUAUUGAACAAACAAACUGAACGGAAAUUCCGAUACUCCACCGGCGGCAGUUUCGUUAUAUAUUUUUUGUACACCCAGUCGCAGUCAUGUCAUUUAGAAGGGACCACCAGUAUGGAUCGACCGUGCGAAACACGAUUGUGGCGCGGUCCAAUCGGCCAGUUGUCAACCGGAUGUUGCGCUCCGCGCGACUGGACUCCACGGUGGGUCAGACUCAAGCCAAGGCAGCCAAGGCCAAGCGGAUGGAGACAAAGGCGCAGCUCAUGCAGAAGGAGCGAUCCUCCAGCACUGGGAUGAGCGGCUUCUCCAAGCUGACAAGUCGCGAUGGACUGGUGGGCAAGGAUUACUGGAACGCGGCCAUUGAGGACGUGGAGUUCAGUGCCGCCUGCCGCUUCCAGCCGCGCAUUCCCGUCAUUGACUACUCCCUUGUGCUGCCGCCUCGAUUGCGCGAGCGGGUCAAGCGCAUCCAGAACUACGACUAUUCCAAGUCGGACGAGGACAUCUACAUCAGAGACGAAAUGCAGGAGGUGCGACCCGAGGACUACAUGAGCGCCGAGAGCUCCGAAAAAAGUGAGGAGGAGGAUGACCACGUGCUACUUGAAAUUGGUCGGAAGAAGGUGGAGGAGUACUUCAACGAGAGUGACCACUCGGAUAUUGUGCGCAUGGAGCACGAGUUCGAGAAGUUCGAUCUGAAGCUGGAUGAGCCAGUGGGACACACCCAUCGUGUCGUGGACAAGUCCAGUUGGUACGCCAAGUUCCUGUGCGCCCCGCGCGAUAAGAGAGUCAGCUGGCAGAGUCGCGUGGAACAUCCUGGCCAGAACUACUCCAUGGUAACGCUGGACGAGCAGGCUGAGAACCUCAUGGAUGCGUCGGCGGAACGUUUUGUCGAGUGGCUGAACUCCUUUGGCACUUUGGAAAGCAAUUUGACGCCGGAAAAGGUCAAGAACCUUUUUUCCAUCAAGGGGGAUCGAACUCUGUUGGCCUCCGUGAAGACAGAUCCCAAGGAGGUCAACGCCAUUGCUCAGACUGUGGCCGACAAAUGGAACAAGCCCCAUAUGGCCAUUGAGCUGAAGUACGAGAAGCACAUCAAUGACCACGCUUCCCGGGUGAACCAGAAACCCCUUCUAAGUGCAUUUGGACGCACUGUUCCGCUGAAGGAUCGUCCCUGGCUAAAACGAUCCGGAGACACCGCCAUUAAGACGGUCUAUCCGGAGGAUCUGCUGACCCGCGAGAAGAUCUUCAAGGGCAUCACCCACCUGCGCAGCACCACUGCCCUCAUCGACUUCUAUCUGGCCCAUCCCGAACUGGAGCGGCCACAGUAUCUCCUCCAGAGCGGUGACUUUGAGGAGUCCAGCGCCAGUGAGUCCGUCGCUGAGGUGCCGCUUUACGAACUUCUGGGAUUGCGUUAUUAAACCAUUGAUUGAUUAAACCAAUGAGUUGAUUAGUUAUAAUAAAUUACCAGUUGUCUGCAAGUCAAUGGUAGCAGUCCAAUUAAAAAGUA